CGGUCGCUUGCAGUUCGCACCGUAUUCGCACGCAAUUCGACCCAAUUCGCCGUCGACGAGCAGAUUCGCCACGAGCAUCUGUUUCAAACGUUCACCUUCGCCAUGCGCGUCCUCUGCGCGCUGCUUGGCACCGUAGCGGCCUGGCUGCAACCCGUACAACCGCCGCGCCGCCACGUGCUGCGGCGGCACCUGCUCGAGAAGCCCGCGGACGUCGCGUCGACGCCGCCGGCGACGGGCGUCUCCACGCUCGUCUUGCUCCGCCACGGCGAGAGCGUCUGGAACGUGAAGGACGACGAGCGGUUCACGGGCUGGUGCGACGUGCCGCUCACGGUCAAGGGCGAGCGCGAGGCCGAGGCCGCGGGCCGCACGCUCCGCGACUCGAACCUGCGGGUCGACGUGUGCUUCACGUCGCUCCUCUCGCGGGCCACGGUCUCCGCGGACCUGGCGACGGAGCACUGCGCGGCCGAGGGCAUGGAGGUUCGGCGGAGCUGGCGGCUGAACGAGCGCCACUACGGCGCGCUGCAGGGGCGGAACAAGGCCCAGGCCGCGGUCGAGGACGGCGCGGCCCUCGUCGACGAGUGGCGCCGGUCGUGGGACGUGUCGCCGCCGCCGAUGACGCCGGACCACCCGCACUGGAGCGGCAUCUACGACGACCCGCGGUACGCCGACGCGUCGCCCAACGAGCUGCCGAGGGGCGAGUCGCUCGCGGCGUGCGCGCGGCGCCUCGAGCCCUUCUGGACCUCGGACGUCGCGCCCGCGGUCCGGAGCGGCCUCACGGUGCUCGUCGUCGGCCACGCGAACUCGCUCCGCGCGCUGCUGCGCAUCGUCUUCCGGCGCCAGGUCACGGAGGCGCAGAUCCGGGCGCUCAAGGUGCCGACGGGCGUGCCGUUGAUCUACCACCUCGACGAGCGGCCCUGCGAGGCCGACGAGUCCGACUUCUGCGCGCUGGGGCUCGGCGCGGAGCCGGACUGGGAGCUCGUGCCGCGGCCGCCGCCGCCGGGCUGCGUCCCCCGGGGCCGCUUCCUCUACCCGCUGGACGAGUGCCCCGUGGCCUACGACGACGCCAGCGCGCCGCACUUCUACCUCGGCUGACCCGCGCGACGAUGACGCGCGUCGUACAUAUCUGUGCAU